AUGGUAUACAGGAUUGUUGGAGCUCUUGUUGGGCGGCCGAGGUACGCCAUAGUGGGCGGGGGCUUUGCUGGCGUGGCAGCUGCCUGGCACCUGCUCGCACUCACCAGCCCACGGCCUGUGGAUGUGCACCUGUUCGACGGCGCUGGCCUGGCCGGCGGCGCCUCUGGUGCAGCUGCCGGCCUGCUGCACCCCUUCUCACCCAAGGGCAAGCUGCUGUGGCAUGGGGAGGAGGCCAUGGGAGCAGCGUUGGAGCUGCUGGCAGUGGCAAACGCACACCGAGAGCGCAUGUUGCAGCAGCAGAGCAGCGAAAUAAAUCCCACAGAGUCCCGCCACCGCGCGCCAGACGCCCAUAAAGAUUACGCUGACUCCGAGCCACCCAGCACAUCUCAUACAGACAGCGGUUUGCCAUCUGGAAGCAGUACAUGUUUGGAGCAAGCCGAAGAGGGUGGAUCGGGCCGGGAGACCGGGGUGGAUUGCGGCGCAGGAAAAGGGCAGAUCAGCUGGGCGCAGCCGUUCCUGCGGCCGGCGGCCGACGCGCGGCAGGCGGCAGCUUUUUUGCGGCUGCCGGCGCAAAUCCGCGGCAUUCCCUCUUCUUCUUUCGAGCGCACAAACACUCCAGAAGACGACAACAGCAGCAGCGGCAGGGGUGAUGACGCACAGAUUGACGUGGGGAUGAGAGGGGCGGAAAGCGAGGUUGCGCAAGGGGCGUCGGUGCGAGCGGUAGGGGUGGAUGCUGCGGCUGCUGCGCUGCCGGGGUUGCCUGAAGAAGCGCUGCGGGCGGCAGUGGGGCGAGACCUGGAAAGCAGCGCAGCGCUGUGGAUCGAGGGCAGCCACGUGGUCCACCCAGAGCGUUACCUCAGGGCUUUGUGGGGGGCAUGUGAGGAGACGGCCAGGAGCCGCGGGGGCCAGUGCAGGUUGGUCGGGGAGAAGGUGGCCUCCCUGCAUGCCCUGGAAGAGGUGCAUGGCCACUACACAGCAGUCAUUGUCGCCGCCGGCGCAGCAGCCGGCACCCUUCCUGAGAUCGGGGACAAGCUUCCAAUGGAGCUGUGUCAGGGCUACACGCUGGACCUGGCGCCACCACGCGCUGAUACAGCGAGCGUCCCAGUGGAAGCUUCCACUCCAGGGGGCUCAGCAGCAGUGGAUGGCUGCAGCACGUACGAUGGUCCUAGCCUACUGGGCUCGACCUACCUUGCAGCACAGUGGCGCUGUCAUUUGGUGGUGGGAGCGACCAAGCGCUACGGGCUGAGCAGCCAGCAGGCUCUGGAGGAGUGCGGGCGAGCAGUCAGCGACCCCGAUGAAGUCACGGCCGCUGCUGCCGAGCUCGUGCCGCGCGCAGCUGGGGCCUGGCCGCCAGCCGCUAGGUGGGAGAUGGUUGGGGUGAGGUCUGGCGUGAGGGCGCUGCCCCCGCGGAGCGCGCAGGGGUCGCUUCCGCUGGCAGGGAAGCUAGAAGCCGGGCGGAAGUGGUGGGUGGUUGCCGGAUUAGGCGCGCGAGGCCUUGUGUACCAUGCAUGGCUGGGCCGCCUCAUUGCGCGCGCAGUGUUGGCGGACGAUGAGUCAGAGUUGCCUGGGGAGCUGCGGAGAUGGCAGCCUUGAAUUUGCAUACCUGGCAGACACUUGUGUUGUCACAGUUUCGUGGUUUCUAAGCUCCAUUUAAAGCGUUUAGUACG